UUAAAAACUACGUGUCCCAACAUACAGCGCGCUUGGCAAUUCCUGCUUGUGGUCUGUUUGGGGUACCGUCUCAGACCGCCUUUGGUGGAAGAGGCUUUGCAGCUCGCGAACCAGCUCUGCCAUCCUCCAAUAAUCCUCUAGCACCAGAGCCUGGACUGAGGAACCGCCAACGUGAGCAAUGCGUCGCUGAUCAACGCACUUUGCACAUAGGCUGUGCACCUUGUGGGAGGGGAAGAAAAUCCGUCUGAUGGAGAGGUAAGAGUCACAGCUCGGAACCCUAACUCCAAAAAUAAGGGCAGAAUGUCAAAUUGGGAACAGGACUCGGCGAAUAUUAUUGAGCAUCGGAAGGUAUUUUUGGGGGAUGAAGCCUGAAGACCACCUCUGGCGAGUUGACUGAUUAUUUACGCAAGGUCCAGUGUGACCCAGAAAAUCAAGCAUCGUUUGAUAGCAAGAAACUAUUUUUUUUUUUCGCGGGAUAAGGGUAAGAUUUUCAGCACUAGCAAUGUUGCCAGCUCAGGAGGCGGCUAAAAUUUACCACACCAAUUACGUGAGGAACUCAAGAGCGAUCGGCGUACUCUGGGCUAUUUUCACCAUUUGUUUUGCGAUAGUGAACGUGGUGUGCUUCAUCCAGCCUUACUGGAUCGGAGAUGGGGUAGACACCCCACAAGCCGGCUACUUUGGGCUUUUCCAUUACUGCAUCGGCAACGGGCUUUCCCGGGAGCUGACCUGUCGCGGCAGCUUCACUGACUUCUCCACCAUUGCGUCCGGAGCUUUCAAAGCCGCCUCUUUCUUCAUCGCGAUGUCCAUGGCGCUCAUCAUGGGCUGCAUCGCCUGCUUUGUCCUCUUCUUCUUCUGUAACACGGCCACCGUCUACAAAAUCUGCGGCUGGGUGCAACUUGCAUCUGCUGCCUGCUUGAUCCUGGGCUGCAUGAUUUUCCCAGAUGGCUGGGAUUCAGAUGAAGUAAAGCGUAUGUGUGGUGAAAAAACAGACAAGUAUACACUUGGUGCCUGCUCUGUUCGCUGGGCCUACAUUCUGGCUAUUAUUGGAAUCUUAGAUGCGCUCAUCCUCUCGUUUCUGGCAUUUGUCCUCGGCAACAGACAAGAUGGCUUAUUGCCAGAGGACUUCAAAGUGGAUACCAAAGGUUGAAAAAUUCUUCUUCACUCUGAAGUGCUAAAGGUCAGCUAGUUAGCAACCAGACAAAAACGAAACAUGCCAACAAGGGGCAUACUGGAAAUCAAUCACUGUCAAAAGGAAUCAGAACUACAGAAUAUCAACUAAUAUGCAAAAUGAAGGAACAUGAAAUGGACUGUCCAAUUACCAACAUCAACACUAUCGGUAAUCUCCACUGCAACAGCUGCAACAUUCAAUUUUCCACUCUUCAUGAACAAUUCAGAGACUGAGCUGCAUAUUUUAAAAUUUUGUGUGUGAAACUAAUUUUUCUCAUUUUUAAUA